GGUUAGGGAAAGGGCGAGUUCGGUUGACCGGUGUUGGAGUUGGAGAGGGGACUUAGAGAGGAGGAAGGGAGAGGGGAGUCAGGGAGUUAGAAGAGGCGAGAGGUUAGGUGGGGAGGGGGGGAAGAAGGAGAAGAGCAGGUGGGAGAGGAGGGCGACGAAGAGGAGGAAAAGCGGUUGGCUGGCGGCGGUGAAGAUUGGCAAUGCCGCUUGUGCUGGUGGAUGGGAGUCUAGCAGUCAUCGCCAGCAGCGUUGGGCCGCUUAUUCCCGGGUUUUCCGCCAACGGAAGGGGGGGUGGAAACGUAGAGGGAGAGGGAGGAGGAGGAGGAGGAGGAGGAGGUGGGGGGGGAAAGGAACAGCACCAGCUGCCGCAGCAGUAUCAGCUGUCCGACGCAGCCCACUGGUUUCCCGGGCGGCUACGUAAUGGUUGUUACUCCCGUCCGAUCGUGCGGUGUCCGUGUCGAUUUUUGUUCCCUGGUGCCGCGCCCACGUGGCGUGUUUUCCCUCCACGUCAUCAAAGGAAUAAAGUUAAUCUCUCUCCCCCCUCCUUUCGGCUCGGUAGUUCGCGGCGUCGGAUUAUGACUGAGCACUAUCAUGCCACUUGUAGCGCGCUGCCAACUCCGCUGCCCGCCUCCUUAUCAUCAAGCGUAGUGAAUUCCACUCACGCAGACGGCAAGAAAUUCUCGUCGCCGCCGACCUGUUCUUUGUCCUUGUGUCUCCCAUCCCCUCGCGUCCCUCUUCCACGACCUCUCCCUCUUCCUCCUCCUCCUGCCUCUCCUGCGUGUCAUCCUGAUCCUUGUGGUUGUGAUCUUUCUCGGGGGGUCAGAAGAGUGGCCGAGUGUUGCCAUCAUCAGUCGGUCGGGGCAGUCACGGACGUGCGGCGGCUGUCCUCUUGCAGGUCGGUAGACACGUCAGCAGGGAGUGCUCAAAAGUCAUCCACGUGGACAAGGAGGCUAACGAGGAUACCGACAGAAUCGUUAAACGGCGAGGGGCACCGCAUCCGCCGGCGGCGGGAGUAUAAGAGGAUGGAGGGAGCGGGGGGAGGAGGGGACAACGGGUUGGCGGGGUGUGGGGGGGGGGGAGAGUUCUGCUCGAGUGGCAAUUUCUGCGGCGCGGGCGAUGGGCGGCGACCCUGGGUGUGGGGCCCGCUAAGAAGCCACGUGGCGGAGAUGUGCGCGCGGUCGGACGAUUUUCUGUUGACGUCUCAUCCGGCGGUGUCGAGCUGCCGCGUCAGCAAUCGAGCCACAAUGCGCACGCAGGAUGAGGCGCGGCUAUGGACCGCAAGCGGGGAGGAUGUGGGGGUUAUUGCUGGGGAGGAAGAUGGUGAGGAGGGGUUAGACGACGAGAGAGAGCAAGGUGGGCGGUUCGAGUCCCGGCAGAGAGCGCGCCAAGCAUGGAUUGAAGCGACCAUGGGGCGUGACGUGGACGUCGUGACUCUAGGCAAUUUGAUGGUCGACGUGGUACUCCACGUGGACACGCUCCCGCCCUCGAAGGGGAUUCCGCGCAAGGACUACAUGGCACGCCUUUCCGUCUCUCCGCCCGGGGAAGACCACUGGGAGGCGGGAGGGAACAGCAAUUUCGCCAUCGCCGCCUCUCGAAUCGGACUCGACUGCGUGACUGUAGGCCACGUCGGCGACGAGAUGUUUGGCCACUUUCUGGAGAAGGUCCUGCACAAGGAGAGAGUGGGUUUGAUUGGUCUAGAGAGCCAUUUGGCGGAGGACCUGGGAGAUGAAGACUACGAUGGGGAGACGCUCCUCUGCUGGGUCCUGAUUGACCCGAAUAGGCGGCACUCGUUUUGCAGCCGCUUCGACUUCUCGAAAACGCCUGUCUUCAGCAAAGUGCGGAAUUUGCCCCUUCCUGCGCAGAACCUGAUUCGCAGGUCCAAAGGCCUGUUCGUCAACGGCUUCGCCUUUGACGAGUUUGAGCCCGGCGUGGUCCUCGAGGUGGUGGAAUUCGCGAGGUCCACGGGGACUGCUGUCUUCUUCGAUCCUGGGCCCCGGGGGAAGAUGAUGAUGGGGGAUAAGGAGGGCGGGAAGAGAUUGACCCUGGAGAAGAUGUUGCGGCGGAGCACCGUCUUGCUGCUGACCUCUGACGAGGCCGAGGCCAUUACUGGUGUGUGUGAUCCGUUGCAGGCGGGCAAGGCUCUGUUGGAGCGCGGCGGGGGCGAGCUUGAGUGGGUGGUUGUGAAGCGGGGGUCGAAAGGCUGCGUGCUGUCGACGCGGGAGAAGACGUACGUGCUCGAAGGCAUAAAGGUGGAGGUGGUGGACACUGUCGGGUGCGGAGACAGCUUCGCGGCAGCCAUUGUGCUCGGUUACAUCCGCGGGGAGAAGUUGUCGACGACGCUUGCGCUGGCAAACGCAGUCGGCGCUGCGACGGCGAUGGGAAGAGGGGCGGGGCGGAAUGUGGCGCGAGCAAGCCAGAUCGUGGAGUUGCUGAGCAAUGCCCGGCGUAGGCGCGGGCAUGACUCGUCGGCCUUGCUGCGGAACGGGAUGGUCGUCGGGGCGGAAGAAGAAGAAGAAGAAGAAGAGCAGCAGAAGGCGCGGGAAAAAGAGGUGAUUGGUAUGAUUGAUUGGAUGAAAGAGUACCUCGUUGCCAAAGAGGAGGGAAGGUUGGGACAACAGACGACGAGUAGGUUCUCUGAGUCGACCGCCGAGCCUUGUGUGGCUGAUGCAGAUGCGGUUGCUGGUCAUGCAACUGUCAAUGGGGUCGGAGGGGAGGUCAUGGUUGGUGCUGCGUCUUUGGCGGCGGCGGCGGCGGCGGAUGGUGAUGAAGGUCGGACCGUUCUCCCUGGGACGCUCGAUGAGGUAAGGAGGAAUGGACGUGCUGGUGGUGCGGGGGAGGCGGACUUAUCGGCGGCUACCCGGCCUUCCGCAAACGAGGCCGAAGCUGCGUUUUCGGUCGGGAUCCCUGCUGUCAGGGAGAAGUUGGAGAAUCGCGUCAGGGUAUUGUCGGGGACAGUGACCGUGUCUCUGGAAGAUACCGCAGUGGAUGCAAUCAAUCUUCUCAAGAGGUCGUUGAAAAUCUCCAUUCAGAGAUGAUGAUCAUAUCAAAUACUGCCUUCUUUCUCUCGCUCUGAGAUGUGAAUUGCAUUGCUGCCUUCUUUCCUUAUUUGGUCUGUUCUUCUUUCCUCUAUCUUUCGUUUUUUCCAUCUCUCUUUCCUCUCCUCUUCCUCCUCCCCGACUCUUUCCAGAUACGCUGUAAUCAAGGACAGGACAUGCCCUUUGUACUUGAUUCUUUCAUGGGUCCUCAUCUUCUUCCUUUUUUUUUCCCUAUUCCUUUUUUUUUUUCCUUUUUCUUUUUCUUCUUGUUUUUAGUGUUGACGGCGACAGAUAUUAUUAGGGGAUAUGAAGUGGGUCGUGUAUUGUGUGGACAGUCAUCUAUCUUGCUCUAGGAAGUCCUAGGGACCCGAUAUUAUGUUGACGGCGACAGAUAUUAUUAGGGGAAACAAGUUGAUCCUCCCCAUCUUGUCUCUGUCCUCAAUCUCCCACUUCGGUUUGUCCCGUCUGUUGUUCUGAUGAUUUUAUGUUGAUUUUUCUUUGUUUCUUGAAAUUGUUGUUCAACUAACGAAAUGAAGUUUCGGAUGGCGUUUUCCUUUUUUCUUUAUGAGGUCACAGGCCUCUAUUUCUUCUUAACCCUCGCUGCACCGACGUCCGUGCCUGCCCCUCGUUUGUCCACCUUUCGGUCGCGACUCGGCCCCCGGACCCCGGAACCCGACCCCGACCCGAACCCAGCCCCGCCAUCCCCUCCUCGUUUCAUGCAUCUCGGUGGAGCAUCAGGAAAAGUCGGGAUCGGGAUGUGCAUUAGGAGGGUUGCAUUCGAUUGUCUCAUGGCCGUUGUCUCACUCAGAUUGUCUCUUUUUUUUUUUUCUUCAUGCCCUCAGUUUUUUACGUCGUUGUUUUCUGUCGUGUCUUCUCGCCUUUCGUUUUUUGGUAUAAAGGAAAGGAGGUUAAGCACACAUCACAUGGUGUGCUUAUGUUCUCCUGCCAUCUUCGUCCGUCUUGCCUGGGUUCCUCUUCGUCUUCUGGCGCUGGUCAGGACAUUUUUUUCCCUCUUACUUACCGUCUUCUUCAGUCUUUUGCCUGGGGGUUUUCUUCCUCUGCCGCUGGUCGGGACCCGCUUUCUCUCUUCAAGGAGCAGUACAUCCGUGCCUCCUUUGUACGAGCGAGCUGGAUUCCUACUGCGCGCCGAGCUUCUGACUGCGGCCUACUGGUGGUUUAAGACCGAUUUUCGUUCUCUAAAAACAAGUUCCUUUCAUACGCCCCGUGUUUGCCUCCUCCCUCCCUUCACCCCCGUCCUCGCCUCCCCCCCUCCUUCCCCCCCCUUCCUCCUGCUUCUUUGUGGUGUCCGGUGUCAGCAGACGUUUUCGGUGUGUGAUCGCAGACUUUCGUGAUGGUGGGGUGUGCCUUCUGUUUUUUUGGCAGGCUUUUGUUUCUUUGUGUUUUUUUUUUUUUUUUUGUUUCGUUGUCCUUUUCUCUCCUUCAAAUGGCUUCGUUUGGGGCCCAGAAUCUGGUGGGGUGUGCGUUUGGUCGUCCUAUUUUAAGAGAGGGUCGUUUGGGGCCCAGAAUAGAAUAUGGUGGGGUGUGCGUUUGGUCGUCCUAUUUUUUCAGAGAGGCACACGGACUAUUUGUAGAGAUGCGCACGGACUAUUUUUACUUGUAUGGGUCUCAGUGCCUGCCUCCCCGUGAUCCACUUCCUGUGUCCUUGCUCUUUUCUCUGACAUUGAUUGAAUUUUAAGUGAAGCCCACUGCUCAGACCCAUUUCUAGAGCAUACAUUGGUUCUGUUCUCGAAAGGACGAUUCGAAGUGCGGGUUACCUCAGCCAUGUUGCGACUUCAAGAGAGAGACUCUGAGGGAAAGAGAGGUACAUUGCUUCUGUUCUCGGAUAAACCAUAGUGACCUCAGCCAUGAUGUUGCAACUUCAAGAGAGAGACUGAGGGAAAGAGAGGUACAUUGUUUCUGUUCUCGGAUAAACCAUACUGAAGACUGAGUUACCUCAGCCAUGAUGUUGCAACUUCAAAAACAAAAAAGAGGAGAGAGAGAGAGAGAGAGAGAGAGAGAGAGAGAGAGAGAGAGAGGGCACAUUGUUUGUUCUCGAAUAAACGAUCCUGAAGUAGAUUUACCUUAGCCAUUUUGCGACUUCAAGAGAGAGAGAGAGAGGGAGAGAGAGAGAGAGGUACAUUGUCUGUUGCUGCUUCGAAUCCUUCUGGAGGAGGGAGAAAAGGCGAGGGAAAAGGUCACACAAACACACACACAGAGAGAGAGAGAGAGAGAGAGAGAGAGAGAGAGAGAGAGAGAGAGAGAGAGAGAGAGAGAGAGGUACAUUGUCUGUUGCUGCUUCGAAUCCUUGUCUGGAGGAGGGAGAAAAGGCGAGGGGAAUGGUCAGAGAGAGAGAGAGAGAGAGAGAGAGAGAGAGAGAGAGAGAGAGAGAGAGAGAGAGAGAGAGAGAGAGAGAGAGAGUGCGAAGCUGGUACGGAGUACUACAAACUGACUGUUGUUACAGGUAUCGGAAUUCCUCAGUCUGCAUAUCAGCCUUCGAUUUUCUCUUAGUUAUUGGGAAGGAGAAGCAGCGCAAGAGUGCACGGAACUGUGUGCAUGUGUGCCAGUGCGCAUAGCAAAUGUGCAUCAAGUUGUAAGCUUUUUUUCUGUUCCUUUCUUUCUUUUAAGUGCGACGGCCUCGAGAUAUCAGCUCAUUCGGACUGAUCGGCCCCAGGUAAUUCCGAGUUGUUUCAGUAUUCUCCUUCCUUCAUCAGGAUUCGACCUCAGGUCUCUAUCAACUGCAACAUGGGCGUAUCAUUCAGCCACAUGGGGUGGGUGGACAAGCAUUGCGUACACGGGAUGCUGAAGAAAGCUUCUUAUAGUCGGGUAGCGGCUGACCUUUCUUUUAUCCUUGUGAUGUGAUCAGGAUUCGAACUCACGAUCUGCUCACCAAGAGUUACAUGUGUAUACCACUCAACCACCUAUGCUGGUUUUCUGCUGAAGCCUUAUGGAUGUGUAUGUGGAAGGCUGUCUUGCUAUCAAUUGUAUAAUGACAACAUCGGUAAGGGAAACGCUUAUCAACAGCCCGUGACGGUUCCGAGGGGAUGAAACUAACCAAACUAACCGGGUCAUCAGGAUUCGAACUCACAAUCGGUUCACCAAGAUUUCAUGUGUAUACCAUUCAACCACAUCAGAAGGCACCUCAACGCAGGCACUUCAGUUCAUGAUCUGCACACGGAUGUGCAAUGCCGAAGUUCACAUGGAUGUGCAAUGCCCAUGUU